AACAAUUGGAGCUUCAGUCCAGUGGUUUGGACCAAAAUAAUCCAGAGGACACACAGACUUGCCGAUAUUACCCAGAGCUCAUCAAUUAAAAACAGAUGGAAAGGCAGCAUGAAAACAACAGUAUUUCAAACUCUGACCAUAGCAAACAAGUUGCUAACCAACAAAGAUAAAGCGAACACCUCUUCACUAUUAGCCUUUAGACUCAAACUGUUGAGCGGAAUGUUACUAUCUAGACAACUACUACACGACCGUUACCUGAACACUUAUACUGAUAGCCUCUGCCCUAGGUGCCUUACAGCAGUGGAGACUUAG